CCCGGCCCGGAGCGAGGAGGCUUCGCCGCGCGCACCGCGCCAGGGCGGGAGCCGGGCCUGGGCCGCGGGCGGGAACCGGCCGGGGGCGCACCGGCCGCGCUGCGGGCCGCCGGGGAGCCACGGCGAUGGCAGUCCAAGCGGCGCUUCUCAGCACGCACCCCUUCGUCCCGUUCGGUUUCGGGGGCUCCCCGGACGGGCUGGGGGGCGCGUUUGGAGCCCUGGACAAGGGUUGCUGUUUCGAGGACGAGGAGACCGGGACGCCGGCGGGCGCGCUGCUGGCUGGCGCCGAGGGCGGGGACGUGCGCGAGGCCACCCGCGACCUGCUCAGCUUCAUCGACUCGGCGUGCAGCAACAUCAAGCUGGCGUUGGACAAGCCUGGCAAGUCUAAGCGGAAGGUGAACCACCGCAAGUACCUGCAGAAGCAAAUUAAGCGCUGCAGCGGCCUCAUGGGCACCGCGCCCCCGGGCCCGCCCUCCCCGUGCGCCUCCGACACGCCCGCCAAGCGGCCGCUCGUCGCCGCCGGCGCCCAGACAGUCGCGGUCCCAGCCCACGGGAAGGCGGCCCCCCGGCGGGAGGCGUCGCAGGCCGCUGCGGCGGCCAGCCUGCAAAGCCGCAGCCUGGCCGCGCUCUUCGACUCGCUGCGCCACGUCCCCGGAGGCGCCGAGUCGGCGGGGGCUACAGUAGCGGCGCCGGCGGCCGGGCUCGGCAGAGCAGGCGCUGGGGGUGCAGGAGGGGACGCGGCCGGCCCCGCGGGGGGUCCAUUGGUCCCUGGCGCCAGGAAGGUCCCGCUGCGGGCCCGCAAUCUGCCCCCGUCCUUUUUCACCGAGCCGUCCCGGGCAGGCGGCGGCGUGUGCGGCCCGUCGGGGCCCGGCGUGAGCUUGGGAGACCUGGAGAAGGGCGCCGAGGCGGUGGAGUUCUUCGAGCUGCUGGGGCCCGACUACGGCGCCGGCACCGAGACGGGCGUCUUGCUCGCCGCGGAGUCCUUAGAUGUGUUCCCCACCGGAGCCGCUGCCCUGCGGGGACCCCCGGAGCUGGAGCCCGGCCUCUUUGAGCCGCCGCCGGCGAUGGUGGGGAGCCUCCUGUACCCUGAGCCCUGGAGCGCCCCGGGCUGCCCCCCAACCAAGAAGCCGCCCUUAGCUGCCCCCCGCGGUGGCUUGACCUUGAACGAGCCCUUGCGCCCCCUGUACCCCGCGGCCGCGGACUCCCCAGGCGGGGAGGACGGGCCUGGCCUUUUGGCCACUCUCGCCCCCUUCUUCUCAGACUGCGCUCUGCCCCCGCCGCCGCUGCCCCAACAGGUGUCCUACGACUACAGCGCGGGCUACAGCCGCACCGCCUACUCAAGUCUUUGGAGAGCCGACGGGGUUUGGGAAGGGGCGUCCGGGGAGGAGGGGGCGCACCGGGACUGAGUGCGAGGUGCCCUCCCCUCCCAAUAGAGACUGCUGUGGGGGAGCUCCCGCCUAAAGUACGAUGGGAAAAUGCACGUGGAGAGGAAAAGGGAUUUUUAAAAAUUCAAUUAAAUAAAAGAAACUUAAGAAAA